CAUCCCCUUGGUUAUCUACCUCUUUUUUCUUCACUCAUGGCUAACCAAGUAAGCGAGCGGGCAGAGGAGCCAGUGACGACCGGGUCUGCGUUUGCAGGCGCACAGUACCUGAUGGGUCUCCAGCUCUUUACCAAGCUAGCCACAUUCGCCAUGAACAUCGUUAUCGUCAGGCUAGCCGGCAUCGAGUCGUUCGGCGUGGCCUCGGUAGAUUUUGAGCUACUGCUGGCUACGCUGCUGUUUCUCUCGCGUGAAGGCAUGCGCAAUGCCCUAUUGCGCACCACCUCGGAUCCGCCAACACGCAGCACUCAGCGCAAGCCUGGGGCCAAGGACCAGCUCCUGAUUAAUGCAUCGUUGGUGCCCAUUGCCAUAGGCAUGGUAAUGGCAGACUGUGCAUAUCUGGUAUAUGCCCGUGGAUCGAAUAAUGAGCGGAGAAUGGCCAUGGUUAUUUAUAUUGUCGCGGCGUGGGUUGAGCUCUGCGUGGAGCCUUUGUAUGUCCUAUCAAGGGCGCGAGUCCUGUUUAAGGUGCAAGCCAAGUGCGAGGGCAUUGCGGUAGCUGCGCGGUGCGCCACUGUCGCCAUGCUACUUAUUAUUGGCCGCCAGAUGGCUGUGGAUGACGACAACCCGUUCUCGCUGGUUGCAUUUGCUGCUGGUCAGAUGGCAUAUGCCCUGACUAUAUUGGCCGCAUAUGCAUGGUACAUGUCGUGCGAGCUAGAGUACCGGGUCUGGCACUGCUAUGUGCCCAGAAAGUCCAGUGCCGGGUAUUUUGUCAUGCCCGAGACCCGCAGCAUGGCUGUGACUUUUGCUGGCCAGUCCCUGCUCAAGCACUUUUUGACGCAAGGCGACAAUAUGAUUCUGGCCAUGCACGCAUCCGAUGCCGUCAAGGGCACAUUCGCGCUGGUGACAAACUACGGAUCGAUUCCAGCCCGCAUAAUCUUCCUUCCUCUGGAAGAGGCCUCCCGCGCCAUGUUCUCGCGCCAGUCCAAUGGAUCGCCUAUUGAGAACGCAAAGCUUGCUCGACGAGUGCUAGAUAUCCUGGGCAAGUUCCAGUUCUUGCUGGGCGCAAUCCUGGUUGUAUUCGGCACACUGUACUCACCGACAUUACUAGCGCUGCUAGGCCAGAACGACAAAGCAACCUCUGCUGCCAUGGUCAUGUAUUGCCUGUACCUGCCACUGAUGGGCGUGAACGGCUUCCUCGAGGCAUUCGUGCAUUCGGUUGCUGAUCGCACCCAGCUAGUGCAGGCAAACGCGUGGAUGAUUGUCUGCACCGUUACGUAUGCGAUCUUCUCGGUGCAGGCCCUGUCGGUUCUGCAGUUUGGCAGUGCUGGUAUUGUCGCGGCGAACAUGGGAAAUAUGGCGAUGCGGAUCGCGUAUUGCGCAAAGUUCAUCAAGCAGUGGUUCCAGUCAAAGCGCUUGCCAGGACCAAAAAUAUCCGAAAUGCUGCCUCACCGCAAUGUAAUCCUCGCAUGCGCCGGCUCUGCACUGGCAAUCAUUAUCACACAGUCCUAUGCCGGUAAGGACACGCUGCUCAUGCGGCUGAUGUCACUAGGAGUUGGCGGACUCCUUGGGCUGGCUGUCCUGGCCACUAUAUGGAAGUACGAGCGCAAGUUCAUUGGAGCCGUGCAGGAUCUGAAAUCUGGCAAUGUGGACAAGCUCAAGACCGACUAGAAUAUAGCCUUACACACUUUAUAUUUCACCAUACAAAGACGCACCAAGUGCCCCA